AUGGAGUACAUCACAGGCCUCUUUAAAGAAGAAUUCGAUCGCGCAGUAGAACUCAAAUUAAAAUCUGCAAAAACAGACUAUUUCCAUGUGAAACGAAGGAAACCUACAGAUGCAGAGCUCGCUACACUAACCGCUGGAUUCAAGGAAGAGACUGCUGAUAAAUUUGAUAAACUUGCCUGGAAAGCGGAAAAAGCAACAGAACAAUUCGAAGAAGAACACUUCAAGAAAUGUAAUCGGAGAGCCACGUAUGGUGCGACUCGACAGCAUCAGGAGAAAUGGUGUGGGGAUUUCAGGAAAGAGUACAUAAAUCGAUGGUUGGCUGAUUUCGAAAAUAAUUUUAAGCGUAAUCACAAACGUAAAAUUCGAUCUCAAGAGCUAAUCUUUUAUCCCGGUUAUUUCACAGUACAUUGGUUCUCUAAUAAAUGGAGGCCUUUAGCAAGUUAUUUCAAAGACCUCGGAAUCUCGCAGCAACCGAUGAAAGUCAUAAUACGACGUCGACAUCCGGCACAUUAUUGUUUUGGCAAACUUCGUCAUCCAAUCUGGAGAGAUGAAACCAGUCUCAGUGAUAUUGAAUAUGCUAAGCAAGAAGCAUUACGUCUACGUCUAAGAUAUCAAAUGCUCCCCGUGGGCAUUCCUAAUGAUCCGUUUAAAUCAAGUUAUGUUAGUGUCAAACACGAUGCUUCAAUCGAUUCCGACAUGGCAGAGUAUUUAAGAACAUCAGAAACUCAAAUAACCAAUAGAGAGUGUCUGUGUAAUUAG